UUUCAUCCUCCUCCUGGGGCUGCACCCCCCGUCCCCAUGGUGCCCCUGAGCCUCCUUCCUGGCGGAGGAUGGGGUUGGCUUUCCAGCACAGCUGCCCCUCAAGUUUCCCAGAACAGCCUGCCCACCUCCCCCUAGCACUCACAUUGUUCCUGUUCGGGACCCUCCAAGGCCAGCUAGGGCUGACUGUGCUCCGCCCUCUGCAGCCGGGGACACCGAGUGGGUUGGAGGUGUCUGCUGGGGAGGACAGAAUUCCUCAAAGCUGUGUGGCCCUGCUUCCUGCCCUAGAAUGCCUUGGGGCUUAGGACUGGGGCAUUGGAGUCGCAGCUGUAAGGUGGCGGGGCCUGCCCACCCUCCAGAGGCCAAGAUAAGGCCUCUCUGCUGCAGCCGUGGUGUCUGUGCCCACCCUUCCACUCGGAGGCUGGCCACGGGGUCGUGGGUCCUCCACAACACUCACACGACCUGGUUGAUCCAGGACCCCCUCCACGUUGACAGCCCUGGCUACACCUGCUUCAGUGCAACUGCAGCCCCUGGCCUUUCCUAGUGUGCUGGGAGUCUCCCCUGCUCCACACCAAGCGGGGCGGCAUCUGCACUCUCCCUGCAUUGCCUGCCCCCUGAGGUUCCAGGGUCUGCUGUCUACUAAACUGCUUCCUGACAGGGUGAGAGUGAGGUUGCAUCUACACGUGGAGCUGGCGCUUCCCCACCCUCACCCCUUUUCGUGGAAGCCAGCUGCUUAGCUACUUGGGGGUGUCAGUGGCCCCAUCCUAUUUCCCAGGCUUUAAAGGUAGCAAGUCUCCACAGGCCUCCCGGGGCGUAGACAGCUCGGGUAUGACUCGCACACCCAGUGACGGCCCCGGAGCUGCAGUGUGGGAGGCAGGGACCUGGGUUCAAAUCCUGCCCCUCUGGCGUGGGACAGGCUCUUGUCAUAGAUUUUUGGCCUCAGUAUUCCCUGCCUGAGAAGUGGGGACCAGCCCAGUUUCCUUGCUCUAGAGCUGCACAGAGACCAUCAGCUGGCACGGGAGCGGGGUGGUGUGGCUGCAACUCCAGACCACAGGUCCUGACCUGCCUUGCCCAUGAUGACUGCCCACAUCCCUCUGCUGUUGUUCCUCGCCUUCUCUGCCCAAGGGGACCCGGACUCUGCGGCCCGGCCAGGAGUGCACCAGGACGCCCUCCAGCACCGUGAGCACGUAUGGUCCCUGGGCGUACGCUGGACUCACCGCCUGUUGGAGCUCAUACACUGGAUUCACUCACUCCUCCAGGGAGCCCUCAGGAAAGUCUAGCCUCGAGCCCCAGGACCCCUAUAGCUAUGGGCGCCAGUGGCGGUUGCACAAGGCAGAAGCUCGGCCCAGCUCCCAGGACUCAGGCCUGCAGUGAGGGCAGCACAGUGCCCAGCUCGUUGGGUGACCUCAGGCACAGCUGGUCACCUCCCCGGCUUCAGUUUGCCUGUCUGUAUAUUGGCACUUCUACCCCACGUUUCUUCUCCCCUAACUCCAGCCCCUGAGACCAUCUUCCCCAGCCCCUCCCCAGGCUGUGACUGGGCUGGACAAACAACACUGUGGACCAGAGCUGAAUAAACAAGCAUUAGUGCCUGCUUCUCUGUA